AUGCCUCACACUCCUCUGUCCAAACAUACUAGCCAGCAUUUCCAUUUUAAGCAAAUGAGCUCAGUGUUCCUAGUUCAGUGGAAUCUCAACGGCUAUUUUACUCAUAAAGAAGUACUUAAUUUACUAAUAAAAGACCAAAAUCCUUCAGUUUUAUGUCUCCAGGAAACCCACCUUAAACACACUAAAAACGAUUAUGCACCUAGAAACUAUAAAGGUUUCUACAAGAAUCGUGAAGAUCAAGGAAAAGCAGCUGGAGAAGGUUCCCAGGCAGAAGGUGAUAGGAAAAAAAAAGUCAGAGAAGAUAAAAGAAGAAUUGCAAAAACGUUGAGGAAUCAAGGCGAAACAUAUAUUUCGCCUGUAACUAAGAAAAUUGUGAAGGAGAAAGCACUUAAGGGAAUCUGCAAUAUAGCAAUGUGUAAGAAAAGAAAAAGGAUGUGUUAUUUGUUCAGCAGUCCUUUAAGAACAAUGAUAUUCUCACAGCUUCAUAGUCUUGGUGACCUCCAACAACAAAGAGAGUAUGUAGCACGUUUUGUAUUAUCUGAAAACCCAAAACAUAGAACUACAAAUAGCAAUGAUCGACGCCGUAAGCAAACACAUUAUUUUGUCUUACCUCUAGAAGGUACCCGACAAUUAGUUUGUAAAAAAAUGUUCCUUGGGACCCUUGGGAUAAGUGAGAAAGUUUGCAGAACCGCAAUAAAGAAAUUGAAUAGAACAACGGGUGUGCUAGAAAAAAAAAUCGUGGAGGUCGACGGGAGUUACAAUCAUCAAGAGACAUAG